GAAUUAAACGGUUUUCUCGUUCAAUUCGCUUUCGGCUUUCCAAGCUGCAAGCCAUACUUCUUUGUUCCUGUUCCAAUUUUAUUAUAUAUAUCCGUCUUUAGUGUUAAUCGUUUAUAAAAAAAUUUGUGUUUUGUGUUGAUUGUGCCAGGUCGAGCACCAGGUGCCCCCCAGCGUAAGAAGAAAGCGGGCAGAGAGCCCGAAGAUGACCGCCAGCCAGCGAGGAUUCAACCUAACCUCGCAGACACGCGCUUGCCAUUACAGUGGAGGCAUUUUCAGUAAAUCCGGAAAGUACCAACAAAAGGAUUUAAACGAUGGACUCAAAUCCCGUCGAGCUUUUGUGCGCCACAUGGCCAUCACGCUGCUCAUUCUUUUUGGUCUUUGCGGUGCUACUGCUGCCGGCACGCCGGGAUCUGCGGACACGCGGUGCGAUGCGGGACAAUUCCAGUGCAGAGACGGCGGCUGCAUCUUACAGGCGAAGAUGUGCGACGGACACGGAGACUGCAAAGACAGCUCGGAUGAAUUGGAUUGCGACUACCGACUGUGCCGACCGCCACAUUGGUUCCCGUGUGCUCAGCCACACGGAGCCUGUCUGGCAGCAGAACUAAUGUGCAACGGCAUCAACAACUGUCCCGGCGGCGAGGAUGAACUCAACUGUCCGGUCAGGUCAGGUUUCCGAUUCGGGGACACUACCCAUCGCAUGCGCAACUGCAGCGAGCAUGAGUUCACGUGCCAGCAGGAUCGCACCUGCAUUCCAAUUGACUUCAUAUGCGAUGGCAGGACAGACUGCGCGGACAAGUCAGACGAGGUGGCCGGUUGUAAACAGGUAGAGGCCACCUGCUCCACUCAAGGCCACCUCUGCGCCAACGGACGAUGUCUACGACAGAAGCAAUGGGUCUGUGACGGCGUCGACGAUUGCGGAGAUGGAAGCGAUGAAAGAGGAUGCGUAAACCUUUGUCAGCCACAGAUGGGAAAAUUCUUGUGCCGGAAAAGCGAAACUUGCAUGCUCCUGAGUGAAGUGUGCGAUGGCCACCCUGACUGUUCCGACGGUAGCGAUGAGUCUGAAAGCUGUCACUCCAAACCGAACUGUGAAACGAAAAAGUGUCCGCCUGGCGCCACGUGCCAUAUGAUGCCCACCGGAGGAGCCGAGUGCUACUGUCCGUCGGGUUUCCGUCAAGCCAAAUUCGAAGACAAAUGUGAGGACAUUGACGAGUGCCAAGAGCGAGAAGAUCUGUGCAGUCAGGGAUGCGAGAACACUUCGGGAGGAUAUCGAUGCGUUUGUGAUGUGGGAUAUUUGCUGGACAAAGAUAAUCGCACAUGCCGCGCCAUAGUUCACGGUUCCUCAGAACAGAAGCCUCUUCUAUUGUACACCACCCAGAUGACCAUAAUGGGAAUGCACUUGGGUGACGACAAUAUAAGAAAUCAUAUCUACCAGGUGGCCGGCAAUUUAAGCAAGGUCAUUGGCGUGGCCUUUGAUGGCAGUCACAUCUAUUGGACCAACAUCCAGAACGAGGCAGAGAGCAUUGUGAAGGCAAACAGCGACGGUUCGCAAGCGGAAAUCCUAUUGACUUCCGGCUUGGAUGCACCGGAAGACCUGGCAGUGGAUUGGCUAACGCAAAAUAUCUACUUCUCGGACAACAUUAUGCGCCAUAUAGCCGUCUGCUCGAAUGAUGGUCUAAAUUGUGCCGUCCUGGUGACGCAGGAUGUACAUCAGCCGCGAUCCCUGGCUGUGUGGCCCCAGCGUGGUCUAAUGUUUUGGACGGAUUGGGGUGAAAAACCCAUGAUAGGUCGAGCCUCCAUGGAUGGCAGUCGAUCGCGUCCCAUUGUGAGCGACAAUAUUCACUGGCCAAAUGGAAUUGCUUUGGAUAUGCACCAGGAAAGGAUCUACUGGGUGGAUGCCAAGUUUGGAAGUAUCCAAACGGUGAGACCUGACGGCACUGGCCGACGUACGAUGAUGGAUGGAAUGCUGAAGCAUCCUUAUGGUCUGGCCAUUUUUGAGGAUCACCUAUAUUGGUCAGAUUGGGUUACAAAGAGCUUACAUUCUUGCCACAAGUUCACUGGCAAAGAUCAUCGUAUCCUUGUCAAGGACCGCAGCAUUUACGCUGUGCACAUCUAUCAUCCGGCCAAACAGCCGAUUUCCGAACACGGUUGUGAAAAUUCCAAAUGCUCGCACCUCUGUCUACUGGCGGAACCCGAAGCUGGCGGUCAUAGCUGUGCCUGUCCGGAUGGGAUGCGACUAGCGCCAGAUCACCAGCGCUGUAUGCUUAUGGAGAAGCGCCAGCGGUUGUUUGUGGGUUUGGGCCAGGUGCUCCUAGAAAUUGAGCACACCGCCUUCGGACGCCAUCAGGUGAGCAAGUCGUACAUUCUGCCAUGCUACAUCAACGAAAUGGUCUACAACCGCAUCAAUGGCAGCGUCAUAAUAGCGGACAAUGACCAACGAUUGAUCCUUGAGUAUCAGCCGGAGCACCACGAGACAACCGUCCUGGUUCGCUCUAAUCUGGGCAACAUAAGUGCCCUGGCUUUUGAUCAUCUCAGCCAGAAUCUAUACUGGGCGGAUAUGGAGCGGGGCGUUAUUGAGCUGCUCUCCCUGCAAACGCGCCAUCGUGCCUUGAUCCGCUUCUUCCCUGGUCAAGAGUGGCCCAUUGGACUGAGUGUUAUGCCCUCGGAAGGUUAUCUGUAUGUGGUGCUAAAGGCAAGACGGCACAGCCACAUCGACAGGAUACCGCUAAGCGGAAAAGGCGAGCAGGUACAUGUCUUCGAGGACGAUCUGGGAGAUGAUGACAUCAAGUUAACCGCUGAUUACCAUAGUCAAACGCUCUUCUGGUCAGACAGCGAUCUGGGUAGGAUUAGUUACUCAAACUACAAGAUGCCGCUUAGUCAAACGUUCCGAGGUAAACUGAGGCGACCCUAUAGUCUGGCUUUGGUACAUCAGGAUCUGUUCUGGAGCGAAAUGGGCACACAGCGAAUUUACUGGACGCACAAGAGUAAUAUGGGCCCGCGGAAGAUGAUUGAUAUAAUGGAAAAAAGUGAUCCCGCCGCCAUCUUGCCAUACGUGCCCAUUGCCCCACCCAGUAGAAUUCCUUUGGCCGCCAGUUCAUCCUUCAGCAAAGAAUCGCAUCCCUGCCAGCAGCAAAAUGGAGGCUGUUCGCACAUUUGCGUUGGCGAGGGUCCCUACCACUCUAUCUGUUUGUGCCCCGCAGGAUUUGUUUACCGUGAUGCGGGCAACCGCACUUGUUUGGAGGCCUUGGAUUGCGAAUUCCGGUGCCAUAGUGGUGAGUGUCUGACGAUGACCCAUCGCUGCAAUGGGCGUCGCGACUGCGUGGACAACUCAGAUGAGAUGGAUUGCGACGAAAAGCACCGCAAAAAGCCGAAGGCUGUGUGUUCGCCCAAACAGUUUGCGUGCCACAACGGAGAGCAGUGCAUCGACAGGGAUCGUCGCUGCGAUGAACGCAUAGAUUGCCAUGAUCAUUCGGAUGAGCAGCACUGCGAGAAGUUCGACAAAACAAGGAAAUGCCAUGUCCACCAGCAUGCCUGUGACAAUGGAAAAUGCGUGGAUACAAGCUUGGUGUGCGAUGGAAGUAAUGACUGCGGUGACAAUUCUGAUGAGACGAUGUGCGAGGCAACGUCAAGGUGCGAACCGGGGAUGUUCCAGUGCGGCAGUGGAUCAUGCAUUGCGGGUAGCUGGGAGUGCGACGGAAGAAUUGACUGCAGCGAUGGGUCCGAUGAGCAUGACAAGUGUGCCCAUCGUAGCUGUCCGCCAAACAUGCACCGCUGUCUGCUGGGACAGUGCCUGGAUAGAAGUCUGGUGUGCGAUGGUCAUAAUGACUGUGGCGAUAGAUCUGAUGAACUAAACUGCGACCAAGACCCUUCGACGGUGAAUAUAUCCUGUGCGGAGGAGCAGUUCCAGUGUACAAGUAAUUUGAAGAUCUGUCUGCCAUCUGCUGUGCGUUGCAAUGGCACCACUGAGUGUCCCCGUGGUGAGGAUGAGGCUGAUUGCGGCGAUAUGUGUAGUAUCUAUGAAUUCAAGUGCCGCUCCGGACGGCAGUGCAUACGGCGGGAGUUCCGUUGCGAUGGUCAGAAGGACUGUGGCGACGGAAGCGACGAGUUAAGCUGCGAACUAGAGAAGGGUAAUCAUAACCAAAGCCAGAUUCAGCCUUGGGGUACUUCAAGUCGGGCUUGCCGACCACAUCUCUUUGACUGUCAAGAUGGCGAGUGCGUGGACAUGUCCCGGGUGUGCAACAACUUUCCAGACUGUUCCAACGGACACGACGAGGGCCCCAAAUGCGCCACAGCCUGCCGAUCCGCAUCUGGUCGUCAAGUGUGCCAGCACAAGUGCAGGGCCACGCCGGCAGGCGCCGUGUGCUCCUGCUUCGAUGGCUAUCGCCUAGACGCGGAUCAAAAGAGUUGCUCGGACAUAGAUGAGUGCCAGGAGCAGCAACCAUGUGCCCAGCUGUGCGAGAAUACGCUGGGUGGCUAUCAGUGUCAGUGCCAUGCGGACUUUAUGCUGCGACAGGAUCGAGUUAGUUGCAAAAGCCUUGAAUCCGGUGCCACUUUACUCUUUAGCAGUUUCAACGAGGUACGAAACCUAAGCCAACAGCCCGUUAUGCUUAGCGUCGCCUGGUCGGCGAAUGAUUCGCGUAUCAGUGGCUUUGAUGUAGACACGUACAAUGAAAUGGGCUACUUCUCGUCCGAAGAUGAGGACAUACUCUACCAGUUCGACCUCCAAAAGAAGAUGGUAGUGCGGGCUUUGGGUCUUCCGACACCCACGAAACUCUCCCUGGAUUGGGUCACUGGCAAUGUUUAUGUGCUGAGUGGUACGCAAGAGAUACAUGCAUGCAAUUUCGAUGCACGCAUGUGCGGAAGGAUACUGUAUGUUAAGAGCCCCAAGCACCUGAAAAACCUGGCUGUUGAUGGCUAUCAUGCUAAGGUCUUCUACAUAGCUAUACGCACGGAGGGUUUCGGGCAGACGAGUUCGGAGAUUCACAUGGCCAGGCUGGAUGGCAGUCGCAAGGAUAUGCUGCUCCAGAAAAGCGAAAGCUUUAUGACAGCCCUGACCACUGAUGUGCAUCAGCAGAUGUUAUAUUUCGUGGAUUUGCACACACGAACCCUGGAAAGGAUUAGCUAUAGGCUAAAAUCGGGACCAAUACGUAGGCCGGAGAUAAUGCUGCAGAAGUCGAAUGCUUUAAUGCAUCCAUCUGGGCUAAGCUUGUAUGAAAAUCAUGUGUUCAUCGUGAACCUGGGCUCUGUUGAGGCGGUACAGUGUGCCAUGUAUGGAUCCCGGAUAUGCCACAAAAUCAGCCUGAACGUUCUGAAUGCCCAGAACAUUGUGGUGGCUGGCAAAUCCCGGCAGCCCCAACGGUCGUCUCAUCCUUGCGUGCAUGCCCACUGCCAUGGUCUGUGCCUACAGGCAGACUUCGGAUACGAGUGCAUGUGCGGCAAUCGAUUGGUAGCCGAAGGCGAAAGAUGUCCUCAUGGAUCCAGCAAUGAGGUGGCCAUUAUGGGAGCUACAAACAGCAUGGAACUGGAGCAAGAGCAUUCGGGCAACCAUUGGCUGAUGGCGCUUUUUGUACUGGCUACUGGAUCGUUAGUCGCGGGACUCGGGUACAUGUACUAUCAGUACCGGCAGCGCGGCCACAGGGAUCUCAACAUUAACAUGCAUUUCCAGAAUCCGCUGGCGACGCUCGGCGGCACCAAAGAAUUCCUGGAGCAGGAACGUGCCGAGGCCGGAGUUGGCUUCGCCCCAGGAACGGGCACAGGUUCCAGCCGAGGUAGCAACGACACAUUCACCACCACCAGCGCCUCGUCCUCGUUCGCAGCUCAGCAGUUUAGCGUGCCGAAUGCUCUCCAGAGAUUGCUCCGUCCACGACAGACGCCGUCCAGCGAUCCGAUGGCUCAAGAAUUGCUUCUCGAAAGCCCCAGAGAAAGCAACCUACACUCGCUGGACGGAGUGCGGCAAGGAGGCGGAGGCAGUCGGCAGGUGCCGGACAUCUUGGUGGCAGACAUUGACGAUGAUGCCGCCCAAUCAGCAGGGAAAUUCGGGGGAAGUUACGGAAGCAAUGAUGCGAAUGCACGACUUGUGUCGUAAAUAGGGGGAGAUUCCUAUUCCGAGCAUCUUACUCACUGCCCCCCAACCACAAGAUAAAAUGUUAUGUUUUAUGGCUCCAAGUAUUUAUUAUAGCGUUGUGAUUAUAUUCGUAUUUAAAUGUUAAUCGGUGAUUGGUGUUUAUUAAGCUUAUAAAAUCAGAGUUUCUUUUUAAAAGCUCUAAAUAAUCAAAAAACUAAAA